ACGGGCGCGCGCAUCAUUAACACGUGAACUGAGCUCAAGACGCACCUGUGCAAGUAGAGAGUCAUACACAACCCGACUCUUAAUUCUUUGUUUUUAACCGUAGUUCGACGUCGGAAAGGAUUUCUAACUGGGUGGUUGUAGGACAAAUUUCCAGCUGAACUUGCGACGAUCUCACAAUGGAACUGCAUGAUAUCAAGUCUUCCGUUUUGCACAUCUAUGAUGACUUCAUCCAAAACGCAGACUCUCGUACGGAGAACUGGCUGUUCAUGGCAUCUCCCAUCGUGCAGAACAUCAUCAUCAUGGCGUACAUCUACUUCGUCAUAUCACUGGGCCCCCGCAUCAUGGAGAAGCGCAAAGCUUUUGACCUCAAAGGGGUUCUGGUGGUGUACAACUUCAGCGUGGUGGCACUCUCGCUCUACAUGUGCUACGAGUUUGUCAUGUCGGGAUGGGGAACAGGAUACUCCUUCCGCUGUGAUCUCGUUGACUACUCUGACUCGCCACAAGCUAUAAGGAUGGCAGAAACGUGUUGGCUUUACUAUUUCUCCAAGUUCAUCGAGAUGUUGGACACGGUUUUCUUUGUGCUGAGGAAGAAAAACAGCCAGGUAACACAAGCUCUCUACUUGUGGCCUUGGUUUCCAUUUACAUGGUUUUUAACCGUAUACUUCACCCCGCCAGGUGGUAUGGGAACUUUUCACGCCGUGCUCAACUGUGUCGUCCAUGUCAUCAUGUACACUUACUACGGCCUGACCGCCUUAGGGCCCAAAUACCAGAAGUACCUGUGGUGGAAGAAAUACCUGACCACCAUUCAGCUGAUCCAGUUUGUGAUGGUGACCACGCACAUCUCGCAGUACUUCUUCAUACAGGAUUGUGCCUACAAGUUCCCCAUCUUCAUCUACAUCAUCGGUCUGUACGGCCUCAUCUUCCUCUUCCUCUUCCUCAACUUCUGGUACCACGCCUAUACCAAAGGCAAGCGGCUGCCCAAGGUGCUGCAGGCCCAGAUGUGGGCCCACCAUUCAAACGGCGUCAUGAAUGGCAACGCUAACCACACCAAAGAGGAAUAAUUGGCCGCUCGGCACGGGGCUAUUUUGUGGCGGACUGCUGCUCUGGUUUAGCUUUUUCUACUUGCAAAAAAGAGACAAUCUUUAUAAAUUAUGACCAGUUAUAUUUAACCCCAGACAAAGGGAACGUUUGUAUUUUAAUGUUUAAUAUUGACUGUAUAGUUAAUUAAGACAUGACUGUAUAGUUAAUUAAGCCAUGGGAAAAAACUCAUUUAUAGGGCUUCUCCAACGGCAUGACUGAGACUCCAUGACCCUGAUGUGUGCAGUGACGGGUUGGUGUGAUUUGUUUUUUUUUCCCCACAUGUAUUUUGUCUUGAUGGUUCACUAUAAAAGUUGGAGGGUAAUCCAUGUUGCCUUAAUAUUAGUCUUUGCAAGGCUAUUUUAAGGGUUACAUGCAUACAGAGUAGGGUGUUUACUUUUUAUUUGAAAUAUUUCACACCUUGACGCUUGGAGUCACAGAUCUGAUGUUUUCAGUGGAAUGUUCUCUUGAAGUGUGACCAAUUGAUUCCUGGAAAGAGAGCCAGGGAGCGCUCUUGUGGCGCACCAGGGCAUUGUUCACUAAAAAAGUUAAAUGUUUACAGUGACAUGUCUUUGGGUCGGUCACAGGAGUGUCUGUACUAUGAUGAUCUUAAGCUUCAAAGUGAAUGAAACGGCGGUCCUGUGAUUGACAAAAGAAGAUAAGAGUACGAAUUCACUGGUGUUUAUUUGAGAAGAGGGUUAGUUCGAAUGAUGCAGUUCAUGUUCACGUCUAAUAUCCUGUUCUCAGUCCGAUUGUUAACCAUUUAAGACUUAUGUGCCUUGAAAAGUUUAUACUGUUUUAUAUGUAUUUAUGUAUAAUAAAUGUUGACUAUGUAUUA